AACGGUGGUUCAAUGCUUUUGAGCGUAUUCUUUUUGAAUCCGUAAUGUUCACAAGAGGAAUAACAUUACAUUAUAAAUGAUUCGAAUUCGUAGUAACUGUUUGCAAGGCAAAAGGAAAGGCAACGCCUAGCGUAACCUUGGAUGCGAUAUCUUACGUUUAUUGAAAGGGAACUUGAACGCUGUUAUUAUCGGGUAUGGUGUUACCAGUCGUCGCCGCGACGUGGACGCGUGCCUUUGUUAAGCGGAGAGUUGCUUAAAAGAUGCCAGUGUUUUUUUUUUGUUUUUUCUUUGUGCAUUACUUUUUACUACUUUUACUACAUUAAUUUUGGUGUUAUGUGCAUUACCAACGCUCAUGCGCUUUAUAUAUUAUAUCAUUCACGCAGAUUUUCAUACAUUUUCCCAUACUUUUCCAUGUCAUAAAUGUAUGAACAACCGCAGUCUCUUAACGAAUCUUAAGAUCCAUGCUAUGGAAUAAUUUUGAAUGUUUUAUUUUAAACGACGUCGAUCGCAGACCGAUCCAAAUAACAAUAUUUUCGUACGAAACCAGUUUAAAAAAAGAUAUCGAAACAACAAUGGGAUGUUAUCCGUAUCGCUUACGCUAAAAGGGAAGUGCGAUAACGUCGUCGCAUCAUUUGUCAUUUCUCCAUCUUUGUGCAAACUAUCAUUGUACGUGUAUCGGUCAAAGUUAAUCGGAUGAUGACAAUUUCAUGAAAUGAACUGUUCAAGAUAUUAGUUUUAAACAUUCCAACGAAGUUGAUUAUAUAUUUAUUGAUAUUAUUAUUCCAUGUAAAAUAUUUAUACAACUAAAAAAAAUGACGAGUUAUAUGCCUCAGCACAGUAGACAUAGUUACAAAUGAACGUCAAUAGGUUUAGAAAUUAAUUGUAUUAAAAUAGAUUUGAUUCAUUUUUUUUCACGUAUGUCUUUCACAUGUAUUCUUAUAAGUCUCAUUUGUAAUUUGAUCAAAGGCAAUCAAAAGUAUUCACUUGGACAUACAUAUAGUGUAUGUUCCACUAGGAUCGAAAGAGUUGAUAUGAAUGCUUCUCGCGCCCCACAAAAAGGGGAAUUCCCUUUUCUGGGUUCAAUGCCAGCUCUGAAAAGUGACUGUACAAAUUCAAGAAUAAUACAGACUUUGCUUUUUAAUGUGUUUUAUUUAUCAAAAUUUGAUUAUUUUGAUAAAUAUGUGUGUCGAAAGUUACAGAGGUCGAUAAAGGGUUAAUUUAUAUUUGCAAAGUCGUAGCAUAAGCAAGUGUCCGAAUUUCAUUUAAAUUCAUUUCCUUUGAUGCGUGUCUUUCAGAGUGAAUUUUUUUAAUUCAUCAUAAUAUAUAUAUGUAUAUGUGGGUGAUAUUCUAAGUAUGUUACAUGGCGAUGUGGCGAUGAACGUGUUAACGUGUAAAAGGGGAAUGAAAGGGGCGCAGGAAAUCGCAAUAAUUCGAAGCAAACUCGCGACUAGUCAUUGAUCGGCUGCGAGACGCCAAGCGCCGCGACGCCCUCUCCUCUCCUUAACCCCGUCGUCCCCACCUGCUUGUUCACAAUCGUGUCAGACAUUUAAGCGUCACGUCGGAUACACGGCUCCCUCUUUCUCUCGCUCUCCUCGUUUCCCUCUUUGUUUCUCUCUCCUUCGCUCCUUCUGUUCGUCGUUCAUCGACUCUGACUCUGCCGACCAAUUCUCGACACCAUCGGACACCAUCGCCAUCCAACCACUGGAAACUGCUCCGGCACGUUACAAUUUUCUCCCGAUUUUUUUUGCAGAGAGAUAAGAGAACCGGUGAAACAAGAACCAGUGAAUUAAUCAGGAGUCGAGCAACGAGACAGUGAGUCGAGUGGUUUGUGUCAAAAUGUGCCGUGAUCCGUUGCAACGUGUGAAAAAAAAAUCACGCGUCCCAGUUUGACCUCUGAAGCGGGGCUUCCCACGGAGCCACGAGCCACGAGCAAACCAGCAAUGCCCCAGCGCAAACGUUCCUCGAAGCUGCUUCCUGCUCGCUGUUCAUUGAAUUGCUCUGCGUGAAUGAAGAGAGGAGAACGACCGUUUCUAGGUCGAACGAGGAGCUUGAUCUGGAGAAAGCCCGUAUACUGAAACCCUCGAGGACAACAAAGAAACAAAUUCAAGAAAUUCAGAUCGAUUUGCCUUCCAAACGCUGUUACCACGAUUUACCUUUCUCCCUGAAAUUUUCUCGGACGUGUCGAUCAUUGGAAUCUAGGAGAAUAGACUGAAUUGGGUCAGUAGGUCCAUAGCGUAGAAUCUCGCCACAAGGGGACACAAGUUACCAAAUUAACCAAUCCUCAAACUGCUCACAAGAAUUUUCUGUCUGAAAAUUCAUUUAUCCUCAAAUAAAAUGUUCUGUUUCCAAGGCCCUUUUACACGCGCCUCCCGCGUGUUAGUGUCCCCCCUGUCUUCUACCAAAUCCAACACCUCCUCCAUGAGCAUGAUCCUACCCAUCAACAACAAAUCUUCUACUUCCAAGAGCGACAGACGAGGCUCAGAGGCCACCAGUGAAGGCUCUGGGUCAUCCAUUAGAUACAUAGACCAAGAGCCAUCCACCUCGGAUUGCAGCAGCACCGAUACACUCCCAGACAUCAAAUCCGAUUACUUGGAUCCAGACUCCCUCUCACCAGGACCUGAUUCUUUAACAGCACCCAAUCUCAUUCCAAAUGGAGAGGAAACCAAAGAUGACAAGAAACUCUUGGAAGACAAUGAUGGGAGUAGUCCAAAGUCUUCUCCAAAGAAGCAAUCAUAUAGCAACAGGCGCUGCAAGAAGCUUCUUCUGCGUCUACGGUCCACUGAGUCAUCCAAUUCCUGCGACAAGGAUGCUUCUUUCUUUUCCGUGUCUCCCUCACCAGGUAGCAAUUCUAUAGGGAUAGAAUCAUCAGGCUCAUCUCCUGGGGGCCAUCAGGAUUACGAAACUGGCAGUACCACAACACUCUUCACAAAGUCCUCUCCUUCGGUUCUGAUCGACUCCAUAGAGGACAAUUUGAGGAACUGUCGUGUGACAGCUGCCUCAGAGAACGACAUACCAUCCUUGCAGAAUGGGUUUGGAGAGUCAGGAAAGGAGAACGUUUACAAUCAAGAGACAGAGACAGAGGAAGGAUCUUCAUUGCCGUUGAGUCCUGCUGGUCCAACGAAUGCUGGCCUGUCGUCCACUGCACCUUACUACAACUUUCUCUGCGUGAAUGGAGGAGCCAUGCGUCUGGAGAUAACCAGCACCAGCUCGCCUCAGUUGUCGUCAGGCAUUAACCCUAGAUCCAGCGUGCAAUCUCCCUCAUCGGAUGCCUGUGAAUCGUUUGUGGGUGAAAAAGGUUCACGAAUAGACACUUUGAAGCCUGAAAGCUUGGACACGGCGUUCUGCCUACCUGCAGCCAGAUCUUGUCCAAAUUUGGAAAGGCAGAGCACCGGAUGCUCCCCUACUAGCGGUUCCUCGAGCUCCAGCCCCAGUUCCGGGCCUGUUGGGCCCAGGUUCAAGCCUAUCGAGGAAGGAGACAUCCAGGUGUGCUUUCUGAACCAUACAAAGACUCUCGUUAGGAAAAUUCUGUCGAGCAAGUUCUUGAGAAGGUGGGAGACGCAUCAUCUUUAUCUGAACGACACCUGUAUCUCCUCUAAAACUCCCACUGGAUUUCUUCAGCAACCAAUACCAUACAAUAACAUGUCCGACAUAAGAAAGUAUGCCGUUGCCAGAUGGGAUCCUACAUACAAGAACUGCCUCAGCAUAAUUCUGCCAGACAGUUCGCUUCUCCUCCAAGCCAAUAACGCUUAUACGAGGGACCAAUGGUAUCAUUCGAUACUAUGGAAGAGAAGUAUUUUCAAGUACCAACACCUAGUAGCAUUGAGCACACGAGAAGAAGUAGUGAUCAGAGAGCUGAAAUCAAUGGUAGACUUUGCCUUGUGGACGUCCCUCCAAGACGAAAGGGUCACCGCCGCACCCCUGGAGGCUGUGGCGAAGCUUCUCGAGGAUUCAGCUGUGGAGGAGUCGAAUCAGAAGUCGGAGAAGCUAGCCAGAGAGAUGUUUCAGUGUGAAAACGAGCGAAAACACUGGGCAGAAGCUACUCUUUCCGUGGUGGCCCCUCUUCUCGACAAAGUUGCACUCCCCGCCUGCCUUGCCAGAGUUCUCACCAAGUUGGCUCGCGAGCAUCCACGAUCGUCCUUAGUGUCUGCUGUAAAUCCAGCCAUCACGAGAUGCUUGAAGCACACCGUUGACUUUGGCAAGUCUCCAGACAUGAGAAAAUUCCUUCAAGUCUUCGUGGCUGCCCUGUACGCAAGUGACAACGGCGAACAAGCCAUCAGAGACUAUAUCGCAGCUGUUCACGGACCUGGAAGCGAUUGUCCUCAUCCAAGAGUACUUCCCAAUCUGGUAUCCAUCUGCGUCGCUGCGAUUUUUCACAGAUUCGAAGUGACCCGACGUUCCGUAUCAGCAAAUGACGAACCAUUGAUUUUACCUCCAUUGGAUUGCUACUUGUUAGUUCUGAAUGUCACAUCAGAAUAUACAGACUGGAGGCCGGGCUUGGGCGCUCUGUUGCAACCAGUACCGUUUCCAGAGGAAGCUUUGAGCGUGAAAGAAGUCCAGCAGUCGAUAUUAAUGUGCGUGAUAAAGCGUUUAGCAAAAGAUACAAGGUGCAUCGUUCAUCGCGUUCUGCUUCCAGUCAGGGAACCACGACCUGGAUGGAUCCACAUCGUCGUGCCAUCGAGUCCAGCUUGUCCCGAUCAGGGAGAAUUGUUUGGUGAAAUGUUGACAACCUUGCUGGCGUGUUGCUGUCGGCGGAAGAGGUUUAUCAGCUCGCUGACGAAGCAGGCACGAGACGAUUGUGUACUCCUGGCGGUGAGAGGCUGCGACGCUGCGCAGGAGGUUCUUUGUUUGAUGUUGGAAUGGCAUUUGCUACCAAACGAGGAAGCUCGAUUGCAGAUAGUGAACGCCCUCGACUCCACAGCAUCUGGCAAGAAUCGUUACGCUGCACUUUGUCAGAGGCAAAGGAAUUUACAAGAAUUGCAACAGAAAGGAGGGCCCAGAAAAUUGACGCUGCCAGUUCGCGCGACGGAUGCUGACGUAGCUCUCCUCCUAGGUGGAGGAGCUCUUGGGAACCUCGAAUGCCUCAGCUUGGCGUUCACGUCUGUAACUUCCGCUUGCGCCGAGCAACUCAUCAAACUGCCAGCUCUGAGAUACCUGAACCUCUGGGCUACGCAGUUCGGCGAUGCCGGUUUACAAAUGAUCAGCGAACAUUUACAGAAACUCCAGGUUCUGAAUCUUUGCGAGACGCCUGUUUCCGACAAAGGAAUCUCUACUUUGACCUCAUUGACGAGCUUAAGAAAACUGAACCUGAACAGCACGAAACUGUCCGUUCAAACGUUCGAGUCCCUGAAGAAAUGUCUACCAUCGCUGCAAGAGUUCGACGUUAGGUACACGGAGGCUUGGUGACCAGAGCUUUUACCUCGCGCUAAGCCAAGUAAUUCCAAUAGUAACGGUAGCAUCAAAUUAAAAAGACAUCAAAGCGAUUAGAUAAUCGAAGAGUAAAUUCGAAUGAUGCGUACACGCUAAUCGAUUAGCGAUGAAAGUUAUUUAGUCGUAAAUAAUAGACGUGUUCUCGCGGGACCGGAAAUGUCUCUUCUAAAAAUAAUUCGGACGCGAAAGAAUGGUAAAGUAAAAAUUUUGGGAGAUCAGAUAUUUCACUUGUUCUGUGGAUGUUAUAAUCAAUGUUAAAGACGUGUAAGAAAGAUGCGACUAGGACCAUAAUCGAAACCUGAAAAAAAGAGAAAUUUAUCGAAGAAAGCAACGCGAGACUUUCGACAAGUGUCGUAACUGCCUACGAAAUGUUAUCGUUUAAAGAAAUAAAGCACCAAAUAUUCGAGGACGCGUCGAAUUUUGAAUAGCUGAAAAAAAGGAGUACGUAGUGUUUCUAUUAAUAGUUGAUCUGUACGAAAACGAAUAAGAGGUACAUCAAGAAAUUGUUUCGGUGGCACAGGGACUCGUUUCAGACUUGUCUGCGAGUCCCUGACUGCCUUGCCUUCUUCGUGGAUCCUAAAUAUUUAAUCGUGCAGUUUCGUGUCUUCGAGAUCGAUGCAAAAAUUCGCAUCGAGUAGACAUUUAAUUUAGGAGACAUAUUUCUUUGUUAUUUUAUUUGUUGAAACAUUAUUGAUCUCAAUACUCGCUGGACAGUCUGGCUGUUCGUUAGAAAGUUCAGUCUUGUUGAGGUUUCUUUGACAAGAAUUUAAGAGUUCUCUUUAAGAUUUGUUACUUUUUUUUUUUAACCCUUAUCACUCCAAGAAUGUUACGGAAUGAUUUUCAGGCAAUUGCAAACAAACUUUGUUAAUUUCGAAGUCCUAAGGGAAGAUGUUGCGUAAGUUGUAUAAGUAGACUGCUGAUGUUUAUGCAUUUGUGACGUACAAUAAUAUAAAAAACAUAAAUAAAAUAUACAUAAUGUACGGUGAAUAUAUUCUACAAUUAUUAUGAUGGUGUUUAUUAUUUCAUUUUCUACGCACAUACUUUUUGAUUAUGUUUAGGACGAACUUUUAUUAUAUUGGUUUAUAUAAUAAAUGCAUAAAUAUCCGCAGUAUAUUUAUAAGAUAGCUUUUUAUUUGUAAGAAUACUUAUUAAUGUCGGGUAAAUACAAAAUAGGAGUAAAUCGAAGAAGUUUAUUUAUAUUUUACUGUUAUUUUUAUAUGUUUUUAAUAAAUUAUUUCUAAAUAAUGUUUAUUUCAGGUUUCCUUAAUAAUGGAGAAUAUAAAAACUGUUUACGUAAUUAUUUACGUCUUUUUAAAUUUGUACGUGCUCGUUCGUAUUUGUAUGUUCAUUUUUUAUAUUACUUUUAAUUACUCGUACUUUCAUCAAUUAAUGCAUAGUAUCAUUUUGUAUAGUAACAAAUAAUUAUUGAUUCAAAUUCUAAAUAAAAUAAGUCGUUUUAUUUUCUUGAAGAUUUAGUUUAGUUAUCGUAGAUGGCACAUAUUUGCGUAAUAAUUACAAAUAUCACUUUGAAUAACGGGCUCAUCGUCGCUACUCUCUACUUUUUCACAGCUUUUACAUUAAUAUCUCGAUAACGAUAACAAAUACGCUAGCUGCAUUGAAUUAAACGCAGUAAUAAAAAAAUUCCGAAAUUCCAGUUGUAGUGAUAAGGGUUAAAAGGACAUUAGUUUUGAAAGACGAUGCUGAUUGUUAAUAUUUCGUCGAAUGUGAUCUACAUAUAGUUAAGUAUACGUAGUUUUAUAAAGGGAACAGAAAUCUGUAUUUAAUUGAGAUUGAAUUUCAGUGUGCGGAUAUCAAAAGAAUACUUAAUAGAGUUAAGUAAACGAAUUUCUGUACGCAUUUUACUUAAAUUGUUUUAAGUUCAAGCGAAACGACCUGUUCGCUGCUACGUUCUUUCCAACGUACAUUUCCAAAAUAUGAAUAUCAAAUGGAAAACACUUUUCAAUGCAAAAUCAUUUUCGAAGUUGUUCUGAUAAAAGAACCAAACUAUUGUAUAUCGUCAGCAAGACAAUUGUCGUUGGGAACGAUAAACUGUGCACCGAGAGUAUCCGUAAAUUACUUUUUAUUCGAUAUUUUCUAUUCCAAGGAACUCGGUGCAUACGAUUACAAUAUCUUGUAUAUUAUUCGUACAAAGAUAGUUUCCUAUUACAAGACAAGGUGUUCAUUAGUUCUUUAUUAUACGCGAAUGAAAUUGAGCAAAAAAUUGAAAGAAAAAGUAAACGAAUGUUAUACGGAGUAAUAUCAAAUUUAUUUUGUUUAUACUUCUUGUACACUAGGAAACAUACGUGAAUGAAUUUACAAGAAACUCGUCGAGACUCGUCGAAGAAGAGUCCUGUUGCUCCUUUUCUUUGAAUAACGCUCAACUGCCGUAGCAAUCGAGCUCUGAGUGACCACUGCCACGCUGUGUGCGAACUGGAAAAGGUUGCACUCGUUAGGAUCGAGUUUUACGUUUAAAAUUAAUUCUACGCGACACGUGCAAAACGAAUAUUAUUCAGGACUUAGAGAAAUUUGUACGAAUUAUCUUCAUCGGUUAAUUAACUUUUGUCUCGCCUAUGACAUUACUAAAUAGCAUUCUCUUCGAUAAAAGAAUUUCAUACAUCUUAAACGAUCAGUCAUAUAUACUUAUCGUUAGUAUCUACCUUCUAUUAAAAAUUCGAACGAAAUUAAGAAAUUAAUAGUCGUUAGCGUUCAUCAGAUAGUUAUUUUAUUUCCAUUUCGAUAAAGGUGAAUACGAUAGUUGAAUUAUUAACGUUUCUUUGUAAAUAUUAAUGUCAUAUAAAUGCUAUGUUCUACGAUGUAACGUUUAAGAUACUCCUUGUACCAUAAUCGGGGCCUCUUUCCAUGGUUAACGCAUUACAAACAGUUUAAUGUUCUUUAUUCCAAUAAGUAACAAACUUUCAGUCAAAGGAAUUCCUAUAACUUUGAAAGAUCUCCACACGUUCUUUAGUGUAAAUAUCAACGUAAAGAUAAGUUUUGUUCUCAACCACAAUCGCUAGAUGCAAACUCGAUAGUUUGUAAGUAUUAGGUCAUCCCAUAUUCAAUGCAUAGAUUAAACAAUCUUCUGUUAACAAUUAAUAA